AUGGGGUGCGAGAGCGGCGCCGCGCUGCUGCUGCUGCCGCUCGCCCUGCAGCUGUGCCCGGCCCGCGCCGCCGCGCCCGCACCCCGAGUUUUCGAUCUUCUUCCUUAUUCCAACAAGCGUGUAGUACUGAACUUCUUGCAACAAGCAUUUGGGGAUCCUAUGCUGAAUGAAGUGUACUUGCUCUCAACAUUCAAAUUACAGCCAAAGAGCACGGCCACUGUUUUUGGCCUAUAUUCAUCAGCUGACAACAGCAAGUAUUUUGAAUUUACAGUAAUGGGACGGAUGAGUAAAGCGGUGCUGCGCUAUCUGAAGAGUGAUGGGAGGCUGAAUUCCGUGAUCUUUAGCAACAUCCAGCUGGCUGAUGGGAAACCCCACGCUGUCAUCUUGUGGCUGAGUGGCCUGCAGCAGGGAUUGAGCACGAUAGAGUUGUAUCUGGACUGCCUGCAAGUAGGUGCCAUUGAGGACUUGCCAAAACCAUUUUCAGCACUGUCUCAGAAGGUGGUGGCAGCUGAGUUGCGCACUCUCCAGGAGAAGAAGCCACAGGAUACACUAGAUGAGCUAAAGCUGGUAACUGGAGGAACCCUUGCUGAAGUGGGAAACCUGCAGGAUUGUUUUCUUCAACAAAUUGAGCCUGUACCUCAGUACACUGGUGAUUUUAAUAGGCAGCUGAUGGGUCAAAUGAUGCAGAUGAACCAAAUACUGGGAGACGUGAAAGACCUUCUUAGACAACAGGUCAAAGAAACAACUUUUCUGAGAAAUACCAUAGCUGAGUGCCAAGCAUGUGGUUUAGGCACUGUGAGUUUUCCAACUCAGCUUCCUAGGCGCACUAAACCGAAAUGUGAAGUUAAUUCCUGCUUCAGGGGAGUGAGGUGCAUGGAGACAGCAGAAGGAUUUCAGUGUGGGCCUUGCCCUGAAGGACUCACGGGAAAUGGAGUUACGUGCUCAGAUAUUGAUGAGUGUCGUUACAACCCUUGCUUCCCUGGCGUGCGAUGUGUGAACACUGCUCCAGGUUUCCGAUGUGAGACCUGUCCUCCAGGAUAUACGGGACAAACCGUGCAAGGGAUAGGACUCAGCUACGCCAAGAGCAAUAAGCAGGUCUGCUUAGAUAUUGAUGAAUGUCAGAAUGGAGGACUUGGGCUCUGUGUUCCGAAUUCCCAUUGCAUAAACACUUUGGGGUCUUACCACUGUGGCCAGUGCAAACCAGGAUAUACAGGAGACCAAACCAGGGGAUGUCAAGCAGAACAGAGCUGUAGGAAUCGAGCCCUUAAUCCGUGCAGCAUCCAUGCCCGUUGUAUUGAGGAGAGGAGAGGAGAGGUGACAUGUAUUUGUGGCAUUGGAUGGGCUGGUGACGGUUAUAUUUGUGGAAAAGAUGUUGACAUUGAUGGCUACCCUAAUGAAGAACUCUCAUGCUCUGCUGAAAACUGCAGAAAGGACAAUUGCAGAUUUGUCCCAAACUCUGGGCAAGAAGAUGCUGAUGGUGAUGGGAUUGGAGAUGCCUGUGAUGAUGAUGCAGAUGGAGAUGGCAUUCCCAAUGAGCAGGAUAACUGUGUUUUGGUUCCCAAUGUUAACCAGAGAAACAGUGACCAAGAUAUAUUCGGAGAUGCUUGUGACAACUGCCGUAAUGUCCUGAAUAAUGACCAGAGGGAUACAGAUGGUGAUGGGAAAGGAGAUGCUUGUGAUGAUGACAUGGAUGGAGAUGGUGUUAAGAACCUUUUGGAUAAUUGUCAGAGGAUCCCCAAUGAAGACCAGGAGGACACAGAUAAUGACGGUGUUGGUGAUGCCUGUGACAGCUGCCCUACAAUCAGCAACCCAAACCAGUCGGAUGUCGACAAUGACCUGGUUGGAGAUUCCUGUGAUACCAAUCAGGACAGCGAUGGUGAUGGGCACCAGGACAGCACAGACAAUUGCCCUACCGUUAUUAACAGCUCCCAGCUGGACACAGAUAAAGACGGGCUGGGUGAUGAGUGUGAUGAGGAUGAUGAUAAUGAUGGCAUUCCUGACCUCUUGCCCCCGGGCCCUGACAACUGCAGGCUGGUCCCCAACCCAGGGCAGGAAGAUGAUAAUGGUGAUGGAGUUGGUGAUGUCUGUGAGUCUGACUUUGACCAGGAUACAGUGAUCGAUCGCAUCGAUGUGUGCCCUGAGAAUGCAGAGAUCACCCUGACAGACUUCAGGGCCUAUCAGACAGUGGUGCUGGACCCAGAGGGGGAUGCGCAGAUUGACCCCAACUGGGUGGUUCUGAACCAGGGGAUGGAAAUUGUGCAGACUAUGAACAGUGAUCCUGGCCUUGCUGUUGGUUACACAGCUUUUAACGGCGUCGACUUUGAGGGCACUUUUCAUGUGAACACAGUGACGGAUGACGACUACGCUGGCUUUAUUUUUGGUUAUCAAGACAGCUCUAGUUUUUAUGUAGUCAUGUGGAAACAGACAGAACAGACGUACUGGCAAGCGACUCCCUUCCGAGCUGUUGCAGAGCCCGGCAUUCAGCUAAAGGCUGUGAAAUCCAAGACAGGUCCUGGCGAACACCUCCGCAACUCCCUCUGGCACACAGGGGACACCAACGACCAGGUCAGGCUGCUGUGGAAGGAUCCCCGAAAUGUAGGGUGGAAAGACAAAGUCUCGUAUCGCUGGUUCUUGCAGCACAGGCCUCAGAUUGGUUACAUCAGGGCAAGAUUUUAUGAAGGCUCUGACCUAGUGGCAGACUCUGGUGUAACUAUAGACACCACAAUGCGUGGAGGACGGCUUGGAGUUUUCUGCUUCUCUCAGGAAAACAUUAUUUGGUCCAACCUGAAAUAUCGCUGCAAUGACACCAUCCCAGAGGACUUCCAAGAAUUUCAAGCGCAGCAAUUAGGUGUUGGGGAUAUUUAAAAAGUAAAAGCAAACUAACAUUGCUAUUGCAAACAGUAAAACAAUAUAUUUUAAAUCCGUAUAUGAUUUUUGUUGUCAGUGUGCACACUGCAGCUUUGUUCUCAUUGAUGUGACUAUGUCAGACUUUUUUUUUGUAUAAAAGUGAAAAUAAAAAGGAGACAAAA